UAAUGUCAGCUCCGCCCACUGAAACUGAAAGUAACAGAAACACCAGUUUCGUCUUUUAUCUGGACACCGACAAACAAAGUUUUAACCAACUUGAUAUUGCACCUGCUUUCCGAUUAUGAUAGAGGAGAAGCUCGAAUUUCAAGUGAAUGUCCAAUAUAAAAACAACUUUAUACCGUACCGACGCGCGCGCUGAGGAGCAAGAACGAUUUGUAUCAUUUCUGAUGGACGAACAUCUGAUCUGAGAACAGCUGCGAAACCCUUUAAGACCAGCCCUGAUUACUGAUCGAUAAGAUGAAUAUAUUAAGACUGUCUGGAGAUGUUUGUCAUCUGGUGGUCCUUAUUAGUCUGUUCCUGAAAAUCUGGAGAUCCAAAUCAUGCGCAGGUAUUUCUGGGAAGUCUCAGGUGCUGUUCGCGCUGGUCUUCACCACCAGAUAUCUGGACCUGUUCACCUCCUUCAUCUCCAUCUACAACAUCUUCUUGAAGGUGGUGUAUCUGGUCUUGGCGUACGCCACUGUCAGCCUCAUCUACUUGCGCUUCAGGAACUCAUACGACUCUAAGAACGAUUCGUUCCGCGUGGAGUUCCUGCUGGUGCCGGUGGCCGGCCUGUCGUUCCUGGUGAACCACGACUUCACACUGAUGGAGAUCAUGUGGACGUUCUCCAUCUAUCUGGAGUCGGUGGCCAUCCUGCCACAGAUGUUCAUGAUCAGGAAGACGGGCGAAGCAGAGUCCUUCCUCACACACUACCUGUUCUUCCUGGGUCUGUACCGCGCACUGUACCUCUGUAACUGGGUGUGGCGCUUUUACUAUGAGGGGUUCUACGACCAGAUCGCUGCGGUGUCCGGCGUCGUCCAGACCAUCAUCUACUGCUGCUUCUUCUUCUAUCUCUACUUCACCAGAGUGCUGAGUAGAAGUGAAAAGGUGACACUGCCAUUGUCAGUUACUGAGUUAUCAGACCCCGCCCCUUCAUUAGGCCACACCCAGCAGUGACAUCAUCCCUGCCUGCCGCUGUAGUUCUUCUGUUAUCAUUCCUUACAGUAGGGAUGGAGAACGCUUUUGACGCUUUUUUCUGUUUCGGGGAAAGAUUCGAAGCUUCAGAAGUGUUGAAAACAGUUCAAUCUUGUGGCAGGUAAAAUGUACAGCAGCCAUAAACCCGAGAGUGCAGAUCUGUUGUUUCUUCCAUUAAGCACAAAUAAAAACCUGACAACUAAAUGUUUAGUUUUCUGAUUAUGGGCUGCAACGUGAUCUCAUGAGAAUACGUGUGUAUUUUUACGUAAAGUGUGGUUCUACCACACGUACAUUUACUUACGUUUUCAUACACACAAAAACGUACAACAUUGACGUAUUUAGAGGACUAAAACGUAAAAAUACUUACGUAUGAACAGCAAUAAAAAUGUAAAUCAUGUAACGUAAAGUGUGAAUGUAUAUGAAUUCCCAUGUAUUAAUAUUAAAAUCGUGUCUUUAAUGAUGUUUUUAGUCAAAUUUAUUUAAAGCAGUUUACUCCUCUACUUAAUAUGAAAUAACAUUUCUGUUCGUGACUCGUGCUGCUCAUUUCGGAGGAUUGCAUAAUGUUAAACAAGACUACAAUUUAAAACCUUAUGAAUAAAUUUUCUGUAACUGUUUAACCAUUUUGCAAUAUUUAGUUUGUUUGCUGUGCGACACAGAAGGCGUUUUCUCCUAUGCAGUGACUGACAAUACAACCAUAAGAUACACCAAAACACAACAUAAAUUCACAAAUCACAUCAAUUUUAUUUGUUCGCUGUACUCCCAAUCUUUAGAAUCCAUAUGUUUGUAAGGAACAGAUCCAAAUUCAGCCCUUUAUCCAUCGAUCUUCAUCUUCAUUCUCAGCAACAGCGACCGUCACAGUCAAAGCUCGCGCUCGUUAUGAUUCAAAUUUGAAAGUAGCGCCACCCUCGAGAAGCGUUACGACAUGGUUUACAGCACUGAUAUCAAACGCUCAUUGGUUCUCACCUUCGUCACAGAUUACGACAUGCCGUGUUUCAGUGGAUUGACAUUUGAAAUGAGUGCGCGCCUUCACGGAGAGAAGCCGGAUUCAUCAUAUUUUCAUGGAUUAAUAAAUUAAAUUCUGCUCUGUACCCUAUAAAAAACUAUUACCGCCAGAGAGGACUGUGACUGGAACUCAUCAUCAUUUGAACUACUUUUGGUACCACUUUUGACAUUUUCGCAAAAAAUAAAUUAUUGUGAUUGUUUGUCUGUCAUUCUUUUAUUUAUAACAGUAGGUAGUUUAAAGAAAUGGUUAUGGGUAGGUUUAGGGGUAGGUGUAGGAUUAGUGGCUCAAAAUAUCGUUUUAAUGUUAUAUUUUUACUAAAAUUGUCAUUUUCCUACACAUUUCUGUUCUUUAUGUUUUAUUCUUUUAACAUUCUGUAUAAAAUGGGUAGGUUUAAGUUCGGGAUGGGGUUUAGGGAUCUUACAUUUAUCUACAAAACGAUAAAAGGGAAAUUAUACAUAUAUCUUUAAGACAUGAUAAGAUUCGUAAAUAUUUUACAUUUUUUCGCUGUAAAAAAACGUAAGUAUUUUUACGUUUUAGUGCCAUAAUUACGUCAAUAUUGUACGUUUUAGCACCUUUCUAAACGUACAAAAAUGUAUGUUUUGUGUCUUUGAAAGUUACGUAUUAAUACCUAUUAACAACGAGACCAGGCUGGAUUAUAUAAUUCACAUAUUAAAAUGUGGCAGUAAAUUAGAUGUAACAAUUAUAAUAAUAUUAAUUAUAAUAAUAGCCUACCAACAGAGUUGUUUGAUGCAAGUAAAUGGUGCUCUAAUUAUUUUAUGGUUUUAUACUGUUUAUAUGGCAGAAUAUAUGAUCAUGUAAUAUAUGCUAUAGGCUUAUAUAUAAAAAAAAUCUUAGUAAAUGGACUUUAACGUCCAUAAACCCAUUGAGAACUGGUCUGGUUUCAAACAUCCUGACACAAAAGUGAAGCAUCCAUGUGACUGGAAAGAAAGUGAGGCUUCGUUUUUCGUUGAUCACGUGUUUAUCUGAAAACAAUACGCGCUCUGGCACGGAGCUUUAAGAGAAAUUUCGCUGCAUUCUCAAUACAUGCUUUGAAGCUUCAGUGUUGUAUGUAACAUCACUACCUUACAGUGACCAGAUUUGCUGGAUGAGUCUUGUGUUUGAUGCCUUUAUGUUUCUGUUCAAAAAGUAUUUAUUACAAAGAGGACAUGUGACACUUUUAAGUGGUCCAUAUUACUAUAAUUGCCAAGCAUCAAUAUUGGGAAAUAUAUAGUUGAAAGAUCCAGUACAACUUACUGAAAUCCGUAUCAUGUCAUGUGUAACGUUAAUCCAUCAAUCAUUGUUUCAACCGCGGAAAAGCACCAAUAAAAUAGCUUGUAAAAAUAUCACAUUUACCGUAACAUUUACCUCAGAAAAGCCGUUCAAUGUCAAAAAACUUGUUAGUCAAAAAUGAACUAUUAGGCCAUUGCAUAUUCUUGCACUUAACAUGUGCUUCAAUAUUGAAUGUAUAAAACCUUUUAAUGUUUAGGCCGAUAUUAAAAACGAGUAGAAACAUAACUAUGUCAUUAAAAAUGUAUUAUAAUAACUUAUUUAUGUGUAAUUUAUAUGUAAGUAGCUUACAACUCAAUUAAUUUUAACCUUUAAUAUUAUAAUGAUGUACCAGCUGUGGUUCCCUGAAUAGUUUACAGCAUUAGUUGAGAGAGAUUUUUUUUCUUUGAGGAAAUUUGCCAUGUACUUUACCUGAUAGGCCCCAAAUUAAUCAUUAUUGAAUUGAAGGUAAUCAAAUCGAAAUCAAAUCGCACGCUUCUGAAUCAAAAUCGAAUCCAAUUGUGAAAUUUGUGUCAAUGCCCAGCUCUAGUGUCAAUAAUUUUUAUUUAUUUUACUUGAAGCAAAUGUUGUUUUUUUCCAUUUAUUUUCUUGUGGGAAUGCACCAGAAUACUUAUUUUAUAUGUUAAAAUCACAAAAAUUUUCUCCUGGGGGAGGAUGCCCCCAGACCCCCUUUGGAAACAUGUCACCUUUUUCACCACUUUGGAGUUUGCAGGUGUGCACCUAAUAUCAUGCACUUUGGGUUUUUACUGUUUUUGGGAGCAAGCGAUUUACAGAAUGAGGAACAGGCACUACAUGAGGCGUUUGAGGCCACAGCAAACACUACACUUGUUUCUGUUGCUAACAUUUCAGAGGAAGUGCAUGCAAUGAGGAUUGAAUGGCUCUUGAUAUACUGUUAGCCUUCCAGGGAGGAACAUGCAAAGUGAUUGCAACUAAGUGUUGUUCAUAAAUCACAGACAACACUGGUAGAGCAGUGCACAAUUUAGCUGAAGUUCUUUUCUAAUCUGAGUGGGACACACAUCUUUAUUAGUUACAGUUUCAGGAUUGUUUUUCACCUUACUCUUGUACAUUGUCAUAAGAGUGUUGAUUUGUUUUGUGAGACAAUUGACUGCUGUGAGGUUAUAAUCCAAUGUCAGAUACACCCCUCACUUGACGCUGGUGCAUGGUCUGACAGAAGACCUGUUUUUUUUUUGUUGUUUUUUUUUUGUUUUUUAAAGAGCUUGUAGAAAGGAAGGGUAUGGACUGGCCAUCUUAACUUUUCGAAUCAUGUUUUGAUAAUGAUUAUGAAGGUUUGUUGUAUUUAAUUAAUCUAUAUAAUGAAAUGUUUUCCUAUGUGAUUUUAAGGGGGGAAAUGAAGGAUCUAAUGGUUUUCAAUAACAACCUGUGUGUUUCACUUUAAGAAACCAACCGUAUGGUGUUGUUUUGUUUUCCUACUUUUGUGGUUUAAGUAACUUAGAGUAUAUCUGUAUUAGAUUAGAAAUAUCUAUAAGUAAAAUGUAAUGCUGUAGAUAACUACUACCUACUACUAAAUUCAGAAAAAACAGAUUCUAAUUUUUGGACCAAAAACUUCUUCAUGUAAUAACCUAGAAUACUGUCUAACACUUGAUGGCUGCUCUGUUAAGUCUUCGUCGUCAGUUAGGAACCUGGGUGUGCUCUUUGAUACCAAUCUUUCAUUUGAAAGGCCAUGUUACUAGCAUCUGUAAAACCGCAUUCUUCCAUCUUAAAAAUAUAUCUAAACUACGACAUAUGCUCUCAAUGACAAAUGCAGAACAGUUAGUUCAUGCAUUCAUGACCUCAAGGCUAGAUUACUCUAACGCUCUCCUGGGUGGUUGUUCUGCUCGCCUGAUAAAUAAACUACAGCUCGUACAAAAUGCAGCAGCUAGAGUUCUUACUAGAACUAGGAAGUAUGACCAUAUUAGCCCAGUUCUGUCAACACUGCAUUGGCUUCCUGUUAAACAUCGUAUAGAUUUUAAAAUCUUGCUAAUUACUUAGAAAGCACUAAAUGGUUUAGCUCCCCAGUACCUGAGCGAGCUCUUAACACAUUAUAGUCCUUCACGUCUAUUGCGAUCUCAGAAUUCAGGCCAGCUGAUAAUACCUAGAAUAUCAAAAUCAACCGCAGGCGGUAGAUCCUUCUCCUAUUUGACACCUAAACUCUGGAACAAUCUUCCUAGCAUUGUUCAGGAAGCAGACACACUCUUUCAGUUUAAAUCUAGACUAAAAACACAUCUCUUUAACCUGGCAUACACAUAACACAUUAUCAAUUUAUGUUUUCAAAUCUGUUAAAGGAUUGUUAGGCUGCAUAAAUUAGGUCAGCCGGAACCGGGAACACUUCCUAUAACACCAGAUGUACUCGUUACAUCAGAAGAAGAAUGGCAUCUAUGCUAAUAUUAGUCUUUCUGUUUAUCCCGAGGUUUACCGUAGUCAGCCGGAUCCAGGCCAUAUCCAGGUGAGAUCGAGGACCUAUGCCUAGAUAUGACGACAACGCAGCCCUGAAGUGUCAGCAGAGAUUGAGUCAACUAGAUCACCCACUGUGAGGGCCUCAUCGACACGACAGCCAGUGGCACAGAUUCCCAACAAACCAUCCCAUACCAGCGUGAUGAAUACGAUCUUCAACUAGAUGGUACUGGAUUAAAUAUUUUGACUUUUGCAAUCCCAGUCAGAUUUAUGACCUGUAAUGCUGCCUGAAUCAUAAUCACACACUGUUCGCUGUUGGCCAGAGGAGAACUGGCCCCCUGACUGAGCCUGGUUUCUCCCAAGGUUUUUUUUCUCCAUUUUAACACCUGUUUAUCAUCUGAUGUCACCUGAUGGAGUUUGGUUCCUUGCCGCUUGCUUAGCUGGGGACACUUGACAUUCAACAAUGAUUUUUGAUCUGCCUGCAUUGACACUAUUGUAUGCAAACAGAACUGAGCUGGACGAUGACAUUACUGUUUUAUCCAGUGCUGAUAUAUAGAUAAAUUAACUAAUUAUUGAUUCUUACAUCAGAAUGAAUCAAUACUGAAUUUACUUAAGCUGGACAUUGACACCAUUUUCUUUAAGAGCUGCUGUGCAGCCAAAAUUAUAUACCAGUUCUCACUCUAAAGCUGCUUUGACACAAUCUGCAUUGUAAAAAGCGCUAUAUAAAUAAAGAUGACUCGACUUGA